AUGGCUACCCCUACCUCGUCUCCAUUUCCAAUUCUCCGUUUACCCCCAAAAUCUCUACAAAAUGCACUACAAAUCAUGGAUCGCGUGGAUUUAUUCUACUUCUCAUUCGUCUCACAAAAGUGCAAAAAUCUGGCAAUAGCUCAGAAUAUGAAAGGAUCCAGUAUAAACGUGAUAUUUGUCCCGAGAGUGGAACCGAUUAUCCACAUUACUGUCAGAUUAGCAGACGGAAGUGUUGCUUUUUUCUAUGCUGAUGAGCGACUUGAUGAAGACGGAAUCACUGAAAAACUUUCAAAUACUUUCUCAAUACGCUACCCAAAUGGAUUAAGUUCGACGUCUGUCUGAAAAAUGGAAAACUCUAAAAAUUGAAUUAAAAGUGCUCAUUAAUCAUUUCCAAGCAUUAUUUCAUCUAUCAAAGAUUCAAAAGCUAAAUCCCGGCGAGCCUAGAUCGGAAUCGAUUUAUCCAGCAUUUGAUGGGAUUAAGAUAGAAGUAUUCGAAUUAUCUUUAUGUAGACCCCUUCCCUACUUUGUCUGGAAACGAGAAUUCGGAAAUUUUCUAGAUACUGUCCAGAAGAUACAUAUCAAGUGCAGGGAUACUUCUUAUGACAGCAAUUCUCACAUGCGGAAGGUAUUAUUGGAAAAUCACGAUUGUGUAGAGUUCCUUAGAAUGGAAACUUCGUUAUUAUGGAUUACAAACUCCACUAUUAUAAAACUAAACUACCAAAUUAAAGCCCAUCUCUUAAAUGAGUUCUUCAAACACUGGAUUCAUGGAUCAAACCCAAGGAUGAAACUUUUCGAGGCUCUCAUUGAAACUAGACACUUGAAAUUGAAAAAGUAUAUUCAAAAAGUAUUCAGUGGUAUCAAGUACAAAGGAAAAUUGUCUUUCAAGCGAAUCAAUGGAGUUAUUGAGAAUCAAAUAUCUAUUGAAGGUUUUGACGGAAAACUCGCAACAAUUGACAUAAACAUCAAUGUUCGGAGGAUUUUAAUGCAAAUGUCUGUGCAGUUUUAAUU